AUGUCCUCGUCGGUGGGGAAUCAGGUGAGGGCAUCCCACAUACUGAUCAAGCACCAAGGUUCCAGAAGAAAGGCCUCAUGGAAGGAUCCAGAAGGUGCCAUCAUCAAGAACACCACCCGAGACUCUGCAGUCUCUCAACUGAAGGCCCUCCAUGAUGACAUCAUUUCUGGCAAGGCCAAGUUUGAUGAUCUCGCCUCUCGCUACUCUGAUUGUAGCUCUGCUAAACGCGGCGGUGAUCUCGGUCCUUUUGGCAAGGGCCAGAUGCAGAAGCCGUUUGAAGAAGCGACAUUUGCUCUCAAGGUUGGGGAGAUAAGCGACAUUGUGGAUACAGAUAGCGGAGUUCAUAUCAUCAUGAGAACUGGUUGA